CUUUUUCUACUCUCGAUGUUUGUUUAUCAUGUCUCAUCUGCAACCUGAAGAUACCAGGUAUCUCCCUGGCCCGCCUCCUCGGCCGUUCCCUCGCAGGGACGACCGGGAUGGCCGCAUGUAUGACGACAACUCUCCAUCCCGUUCUCGUUCACCUGGCGGUCCAUCUCACACUCCCCCUCGAGGCCCCGCAGCCGACAGAAGACGCGACUACUCCCGAGGCCAUUCCGGCUCUCGAUCUCGAUACCGAAGUCGAGACCGCGAUGAGUUCCGACGACGAUCCUCAAGGUCACCUCCGCGACGGCCACGGCACGGCUACCGCGAUCGCGAUCGCGAAGGUUAUCGCUCACGCAGCCGAAGCCGAAGUUACAGUCGCAGCCGGAGUCGAAGCCCGCGACGCGGUCGGUCAUAUUACGGACAAGAGAGCAGAGAGGUCAUGAUGGACGGUUUACCGGUGGACAUGGUGGAAGAAGACGUUGGACAACUCCUUCCCUCCCUUUCUGCCCAAACUCAGUAUCCCAAAGUUGCGCUGCAAGCUUUCAUUUCGAGAGAAUUGAAAGAUUUCUAUCAUAUUGAUGGUCUGGAGGAAGUGCGCGUCAUUCGAGAUCGGCAAACCAGAAUAUCUCGACAGUUGGGCUUUCUUCGAUUCAGAAGUCUCAACCACUCUCGCGCCUUUAUGGAACAAAACUUUCCAACAAUAUAUUUGUGCGGACCGAGCGCGCAGGAUGAUCGAGGAACCAAGGUCCGCAUUGCAUACAGUCGGGAGAAAGAGGAUCGUGCCAAGGCUAGAGCUGAGGGGGAUUGGACCUGCAAAAUGUGCUCUAUUGUCAACUAUUCCACCCGGCAUAAGUGUUUCCGAUGUCAAGCCCCACGUCCAGAUGCUGGACCAACCGGGCCCCCGGGUAUAGCUCCGCCAAAGGUGAAGAACCAUGGCGACAACGAUGCAGCGCCCGAAAAUCAGCCCUCUCAAUUCCUGCUGUUCCGUGGGCUCGAAACCUCCGUGACUGAAGAGCUCUUGGCUAAGGGUGUGGCCAAACUAUAUCGUCCGAAUUCAGACGGCAACUCUGCAAAUCAGAAGAAAGGAGCCAAGGUGGCAUCGACUACUGGCGACUCUAACCUAGGCGCUCGGGAAGGCUCAAUCCGGCGUGUUCUGCUGGUCCGAGAUCGCAGGACUAACGAGAGCUGGCGAUAUGGGUUUGCCGAGUUUGCUACAAUCCAGGAUGCUCAAGCGGCUAUUUCGCGGCUUCAUUCGUUUGAGAAAUUCACCAUCUCAUCCCGCCCAGUAAUGGUCAGCUACAUUCACGCAGGCGUUUUUGUGCCGGUCAUGAACCCGUCUGAAAGUACCGAGAAAUUUACCUUCAGCCCUCUAAACAAUCCAGCUAUGAAACUCAUGUACUGGGAUGAGGACGCAUACGUUAUGGAGCUCACAGUGUCAACCGAGCCUGCGCCACAAGGAAGUGAUAAACCAGCAGCCCAGCAAGAAGGCAAAGCUAAAGAGGCGUCUGAUAAGGCGAAGAAGAGAAAGGCCGAUGCUGCAUCCAGCGCCUCAGGGACAAAGAAGAUGGCCAUGCCGUCCCAUCUUCAGUUCUGGAGCAACCGUCAUGCGGAAUUGCACGGAAUCAAAAAAGACCCUGAGGGUAAGGGUUCUGCUGAUCAGAAUUCGUCGGAUGAAGCAGCAGCUCCACCCCGCCAGUCGUACGCUGACCCGAACCGGAACUGCUGCUAUCUUUGUAUGCGUCAAUUCAAAACUAUGGCCGAGGUUAAUCGCCACGAACGCCUGAGUCAGCUCCAUCGGGGCAAUCUGCAGAAAGACGAAGUCGUCGCCAAAGCUACGAACAAGCUCAUCAAACACGGCAUCAUCCCCCAACCGCCCGAAUACAGAGACCGCGCGCGCGAGCGUCGCCAGGCAUUCGGUCGUUCCAAGAACGCCACGGCCAAACCCGCUCCGCCGCCAGAGCGUGAACCAUCCCCGCCGGUUCAGACAACGUCCAAGGGCGCUUCGCUUCUCAGCAAAAUGGGCUGGUCGGCUGGCACUGGGCUGGGUGCUCAAGGUACAGGAAUGACAGCGCCCAUAACAACAGAAGUCUACGCGCAGGGCGUUGGAUUAGGAGCCCAAGGCGGGAAACUCGGCGAAGCCAGCGAGGAAGCGGCCCGCAACACCCGCAACCGAUACGACGAGUUUUUGGAAAAGACACGACAAACAGCGCGGGAGCGGUACGAACAGCUGGGGAAGUGA